AUCGAACAUUGGAUUUAUUAUGGCUAAUUCAACAUUUUAUGAUGCAGAAUUUUAUAGAUCACUGAGGAUUAAAGGAUUUGGUCAAAUAAUUAUAUCACCUUUCGGAUUCUUUAUAAACUUAUUGUGUGUAAUUGUGCUAGUAAAACACAAGAGAUUUCACAUUAUUCCAAAUUUGUUUGUAUUUCUGAUGUGCUUAAAUGACUUCAUUAUCUACAUAGUGCUGCUACCAGUAGAAGCACUUCACAUACUUUUAGGAGGAGGAGUAAUCGUGUUUUGCGCACCAUGGAACUACACAAUACUCUUACUUACAGGAACAAACUUGAUGAUUUAUGCAUGUAUUGCCAUCAAUAGGUACUUUCUGAUAGUUUGGAAUAAACUUUACCGUAAAGUUUUCACUAACAUUGGAUGUGUGGUAAUGAUCCUUAUAUCCUUCCUUGUUCCCGGAAUUACUCUACUUCAACCGAUUCUAGGCUUUGGUCCAUUAUAUGACUUUCAUGAUCCACUAGGAUGGGAGUGUGGUUUUGUAAUACUAGAUGGGACAUAUUCUGGAUUCUGGGAACUUUCGUUGAUAUUAUCAUUUGCAAUUCCUUUAUUGAUUAUGAUGUUCUGCUAUAUCAGCAUCUACUGGGUGCUCAGAAAGCAACGGAGGGUAAUAGAAAAUCACCAAGCCUCUGAUUACAUUGACAGAUCUAAACGCGUUGAUGUUCAUUUCACCAAAGUGAUGGCCAUGCUGUUUGUGAUAUACUGCGCUACCUAUGGGCCAUACAUGAUAGUGUCAAACAUUGGACUCAGACAUGUACAUUACCUGUACCAGGGGACAUUGUUCCUAACAAAAUGGAAUGGUCUACUGAACAGUACUGUAUAUAUCCUCAUGAACAGGCAAGUAAAGGUUGCAAUCUUGGCAUUGUUUGGUCAAAAACCAGCAGAUAACCUUGAAAGGAGCAAUGAGAGAAGGUCCCCAGGUGUACAAACAAAAAUGGAAAACAUGUCAUCUUAUACAGGACAACAGACAUGAUUGACAUGACAUAUAUUGAAAACAUGUAAGAAGUGCAUAACACCAAUGCAGGAUUUGAGUGAUGAUUGGUAUUAUUUU